UCAUGGCUGCCACUCGCUGAGCUGUCAAGCUCCCCACAAAAGAAAAAGAAAACCGGACGACCCAUGGAUUUGGUGGAUAUGUGCGCAGCUGCCUCUGCAGGAGAUAAUAAACGGCGUGUCAAGAAGAAUAGAGUUUGGCGCAAACGGCCCCACCUCAGGAAGACUGCCGUUCAGCCCCCGACUAUGCAAAGUGAAGAUAAGCAUGGACCAAAGAAGAUAGCAGAGAAGAGGGAGCAAAGCACAGCGUGCCCUUCAUCAAAGAAGCCCCCCCAGGAAGCACAACAGAGUCAACACAGGACAACUGAUAGCAGGCACACACUCAGGUUCACAUGCUCACAAUGCAAGGACAACUCGGAAUAUCUUCCCAAAGACUUAGUGAGACACUUUGAGGAAAACCACAGAGGGAGCCUUCCAGUUUUUUCUUGUCACAUGUGUGCUUUUAAUGCACACGAGUUGUCCUUCCUUCAGGUUCAUCUAUUAAGCCACAAGGAUACUUUUUCCAGCUGCAGCAUUUGUAAUGACAAUGUUCAACGCACGUGGUCUGAAUUGAGUGCACAUCUGACAAUGUAUCACUGCCAAAAUGGCAAAUAUUCAUGUGAAAUGUGUCAGAAGUUCUCGACAGGGGACGUUGGAGUGUUUUUAGAGCACAUGUACUCACAGCAUUUUGGCCUGGAUGGUGCUAAUGAGAUUAAUCUAUUGCUGCACACAAAAGACAAUAAUCAGUUUGAGUCUAAAACAACCACUCAGUCUUUAUGUUGUCAGCACUGUGGCUACGAGGCAUCUCAGAAAUGGUUGUUGGUUAAGCACAUUAAUGCUCACCAUGGUAGCCAGAAUGGUUACCAGAAGAAGAAGAAGAAGGAGGAGGAGGUUCGUUCCAUAGCAAUGAAGCCAAAUGACCCUCUCCCAAAAAUUAAGCCUAGAUUAACAAGAAGUGCAGUUAGGGAAAUGUGCUGGCUGACACAGGACUGCCUUUCUCUGCCAGGGAGAGAAUUCCUGGAUAAAUACUGCCAUCUGUCAGAUCCACAAACAACACUAGAGGAGACUCAGCAGUUUUUGAUGAAGUCUGUAGCGGGGGAAACCGGUGACCAGAAAUGGACCAAGGCUCUUAAAACGGUUCUGUCAAAUGUCCCUCAAGACGUGAACCUUCACCCGAAGUCAGAGAACGGCAUCAUGUCGAACUCGGCCGACCUCACCGUCCUCACGGUCAAGAACAAGAUAACGGUGGCCCAGAACGGUGCCACAUAUGCCAAAAGGCUGAAAAUGAUGGCGUCAUCGGAGAAGGAGACUCUUUCCUCUGAGAGCGCCGCCGAUGAUGCGCUCUGCAUAGUCGACCAAAAUGGAUGUCAGUCAAAUUUGAACGAUCACGUACAGACUGAGACAAAACUAAAUAAUGAUGCCUCCAUGUCGGCCCCGAACGAGCUGUCUGAAUGCACUCGGAUGCAAGAAAACAGAGAGAAUCAGGAAUUAAAGACCAAUCGAGAUAAUGAGGAACAUGCGGAGCCUAAAAAUGCACAUGCCCACGAGGAUGGAAUGGAUAUCUUCAACGAGCUCAAGGUUACAAAUGAGAGCAAAGAGCAGACAUCCGUUCGUAAAGCUCAGCCAAAAACCAGGAGAAAGAACCGAAGGCGGAAAAGAAAGCGGAGAACUAAAAAGAAAGACAAAGGAGAUUCAGGUGUGGCCUUAAAGAUCGUGUUGAAGAAGAAUCCCGUGAAAGAGAUGCAGUGGGUGUCACAAAGCUCUCUGUCUCCAUCAGAAAGCGACCCGAUGGGUGACCACGGUGGACCGCCAGAUGCUCACAUGUCAACGGAGGAGACGGCGCAGGUUCUUGAAAACGAGCUGUCGACAGAAGCGCAGCAGAAGAAAUGGACCAAAGCUUCCACGACUGACCAGCACGACCCCUCUGAAGCCAUUACACCCACCGCACAAUCAAAGCCAGGGGAGGAGAUUAAUCCACCUUGCGCCGCACAGCCAACAGGGUCUGAAAACACAGUCGGAGGCGAACCCACGGAGCCCGAAGCCUCGCCGUCGACAGAUCAAGAGAAGCGGGAUGACGCGGAGAAGUCGAGGCAGUUCAUGGAAACAGAAGUUGACAGGAGCGGUUCAUCCGGAAAGACGUGCCAGUCAAACGGGAUGGCAGCGGCGGCGGUGGAGACGUGCCCGGAGAACUCACAGCUCAGACCCUCCGAUGACCGCCAUGCAUCAGCCACCGAUGGAGUGACUUCCCAACCUAUCACUACACCGCAGGGUAACUCCGAAGAUUUCAACCUCGCUCUUUCUUUAGAGCAGAGUGUUGAAGGGAUAAGAGUGCCUGCAGACCCCCACCCAGAUCUCCUCAGCAGUAGCAGUAGCAGCAGUAGCAGCAGCACCAGCACCAGCAACUUGCCUGCAGGGACAGCCAUCCAACAAGAACCCUCACCAGCCUCGGCGCAGCGCUGGCAGCCGCUCCCGAAAAACCUGGCGAGGACCCUGAAGUUAGUAGCCAUAAGUCCCUUCCAGCCGGUCAAGCGUCCAGCCAGACACCAGCCCGUCGUGGUGCUCAAUCACCCGGACGCAGACAUCCCAGCGGUCGCCCGGAUCAUGGAGGUGGUCAGCAGGUACAGAGGAGAAGUGCGGAAGGUGGUGCUGUCACGCAGGACCCUGAAGGCCCUCGCAGCCAUGAGCGGAGAGACCCUCGAUGCAAACGACACGACGGACGGGGAGGACGACGACGUGAACCCCGUGCAGGAGAGGUUCAUCUUAAAAUUGAAACUUCGCAGGCUGAACAGGAAAAAGUACGAAGUAGUCGGCGCCGUCUCCCCCAGAAGGGACACCGCCACCACCACCACCACCACCACCACCACCAAUUUCCGUUGCUGGUUUUGCGGCAGGGGGUUCGCUAGCCAGGAAAUGUGGAUGCUUCAUCGGCAGCGACAUCUGAUGGAGUGGAAAAAGCCAAACUGUGAAAACGCUUAAAACGUCGCACACACUGGAUAAGAAUAAAAGUAGCCUGGAGAAAAAGAUGUCUUUGCAAUACAACAAAACAAUAAUGGAAACGGUGACAGUCACUAUCCUCAGUGUUGUUUUCUUUUUUUUUUAAAAAAGUCUUAAUUAUGAAUGGUUGUUUUUGAGGAGAAAUAAUGUUCACACUUUCUGGAGAGUUCACAUUCUCAGGGUAACAAUUACCUAUUGUUUCUCUCCCAGUCUGAGUAGCUUGAUACAAACUAUGUUGGUUAGUGAUUAUUUGUACAGCCACAACGGACGUGGCAUCGAUAAUAUAGUUCUUUGUACUGUUUGUACUAUGUCUACGCAAUAGCUUUAUUUAAGGUGAUUUGAGUACACUGUCAUAUGGAAUCUUUUAUAGAACACUGUAAUAUGUAUAUUUGCCAUACCAUCUGAGUUUUAUGGAUCAGUUUAUAUACGGGUAGGAUAUACAGUGUGGUAGCUAUCAUAUUUAUGUUUCUGGAAUGGGACGUAGAGACCCAAAAGUUACUCAGAUAUACCAAAACUGUGUGUUUAAAAAAACAAAACAAAAAGACAAUAAGCUGUUUUAUUCAACAUUUAUUUAUGACUCUUUUUAGUUUAAGCCUUUAUAUGCUCUUCUUUAUGCUUCUUUUUUUGGGCCAUUGGAAGAAUCUUUGUAUCUGUAGAAAAACCUUUGUAUAAACUCCAAAUUAUGUUCAAACCUAGUAUUAUCUGUAAGAGGUAUAUUUUCAUGCAUUCUGUGAGCGGGAGCAGAUAUCCCACAUGACCCCGACACAUUUUUACAACAUUAACCUGUGUUAUGGGGAUGUCGAUAUGCAAUGCUAGUGACAUUUUUACUUCUUUAUGAAAUUUGGAUUUUUUUUAAAGAUAAAGAGGCCUAGAUAAUUGGAUCAUGUGUUGUUUUUUUUUUCUCUCAAUGAGUUUCCUCACUUUUGACUUGAAAAUGAUAAUCGUAUCUUUUUAAUUGCACUAUGAAAGGAGGAUUUCUAUUUCCCGUUACCUCACAGUUUCAGGCCGAAACCUAUGACAAUCUCAACCGGUGUCCUCCUGUGGCUCGACGUUUUCCUUAUGCAGCCGUGAUCCCUCAGUAUUCACAGCAGG